ACUCGUUCUGCGGCGUCUUCCAAUUUCACAACGCUCUGCAAUUUCAGUGUUUUCCCUGCAGUUUCUCAAGAGUUUUCCCGACAAAUUGUAGAAAUCAGACAUGGGGGCGUCUGGAAAGGAAGCGACAGUGAUUGUCUUCGACUGUGGCUCGAGCACGGCGAUGAAAUGUGGCGAGGAGACCUUUUUUGACAUCUCCAAGACGUGCCUUAAGAAAAUUCUGCAGCGGAAGAUCUUCGCGAAGCCAGACGAUCAGGUGGGGUUGAUCUUCAUGGGUACAAAUGAGAGCAGCAACGAUUUGAAUGCCGCGAAUCCGGCAAAGUACAAGAACAUCAUCAAGGCCAUGAACUUGACACAGACUUCGUGGGAAAUGCUGGAACUCCUUGAGAACCACUUGAAGAUUUGCCAGGCGGAUGCUGACUGGACGGAGGCUCUUGAGGUGGCGCUGGAUUUUCUUGAGAAAGAGACGCGAGGAAAGAAGCUGAGUAACUUCCAAAUCGUCCUCAUCACGACGUUCUGCACCCUUCAGCCGCUCAGAGGAAAGGUAGACGAUCUGGCGGAAGCUGUGAGGAGGUCAGGAGCGGACCUGAGCGUGAUUACGCACAAUCUGCAGUGCAUUUCCGAGGAGGAGGUGAUGUUCAGCCAGAAAGAGGGCAAGAGUGCCUCUCAGCAAGCGCACGAAGAGGCGAUUGAGAAGCUCAUUGAUGAUGUUGAUGGAAUCUUCUGCACCUUCUCCAACGCCCUGCCUCAAUUGACAUAUUUCCAGCAGAAGAAAACGCGAGCAAUGCCGUGGAAUUGCGAUUUAACAAUUGGAUCGCGGCUGAAGAUCCAAAUCUCAGCUUUUUUGUACACCAAGAAAGCCACGUAUCUGAAGCCCUGGAAGACGGUAUCGGAAUACACGGAGGAACAGGCGCGAACUAACUAUCAGCACUUCAAGGGCGGCGAGCAGUUCGAGCCACAGGCAGAGGAGCUGAUCAAGGCUUACAUGUACGGAUCGACAGUGGUUCCUUACGACACUGAUCUGGAUGUGAGCUUCAAGACGUCCGGAAAGUGUCUGAUGUGCAUCGGAUUCACGGCGGAGAAGUACGUUCGGCAGAAGCUCUUCUCGGGCACAGGAAGCAAUGUGAUUCUGCCGCGCAAGGCAAGUCCAGUGGAUGCGCAGCUAUUCACGUCCCUCGUGAAGGCAAUGAAGAGCUUGGGAGUCGUCAUGAUUGCCCGCAGAGUGUACAAUGUGAGGUCCAAUCCAAAGAUGAUGGUCUUGAUUCCGUCCGAGCAGAAGGGCGUCGACUUUCUCUCGAUGAUUGAACUCCCGUUCGGCGAUGGUGUGGUUGAUGUGCACUUCAGCAGCUUCUGUGACAAGAAAACCGAACCAUCUGCAGAACAGUUGGACGCUGUGGACAAACUGAUCGAUGCGAUGGAUUUAAUGGAGGCAACAGAAGAUGGCCAGGAGGCCUUUUCGCAAAGGAACACACUCAAUUUGCCAGCGCAGUUUCAGUACAGACUUCUAACCGCCAGAGCGUUGAAUCCUUCUCAGCCGCUGCCCAGUCUGAGUGAGGAUCUCAAGGAGCACCUCACAGUGCCGCAGAAGAUCCGAUCUGCCGCCCAGGAGGCGGCUGAAGGCGUGAAGAGUGUCUUUGAACUCACACCAAAGCAGCAAACGAAGAAGGAUUUGUGGCUCAAGAAGCUCUUCAAGCCUGUGGUGAAUCCCGACGAGGCGCCAGCUGCGGAAAAUGCGGAUGAGGACCCCGCGAGAGUACUUAGUGUUGUGGAGAGUAGCAUUGUUGAGGUGGGAACAGUGACUCCAGCGGAAGAUUUCGCCUUCUUGAUGCAUCGCGGUGAGAAGUUCUCCAGUCUCUGCGCUCAGAUUCAGGCGGUCAUCUCUAGUCUGGUCUUCAGCGCCACUGUUCUGCAGCGCGAGAAGGUCGUCAAGGCGAUGGUGGCUCUCCGGGAAGGAUCGAAGGUCAUGCAUGCGACUUACAACUACAACGACUGGAUCACAGAGUUCAAAAACCGCCUCGUGGAGCGCAAGAAGGGCGACUUCUGGACUGAUGUGAUUGUCCAGGAGAAUCUGGGCCUCGUGUCGGCUGCUGAGCACUCAGAUAGCACAAUCACAGAAGAGGAGGCUAAAGUGUUCUACGAGAUCGACACAGAAGCCGCCACGGCCACAGCGUCCGGCACUGGAGCCGGUGGAAAUGUGGAUGAUCUCUUCGAUGACAUGUAACGGCGUUCAUCCGAAUAAUACACCGAUUAACACACAACAUAAGCGAACAUAAGCAUUCCUGGCUUAUCACGGAUUUCUUAUAUUUUUGGAUAAAUAUCUCUGGAACAGUUGCAUCAGUCAUACAUAAAUUGUUUGAACAAUU